AUGAAGAGACUCCUGGAAGUACCCUCCAUCGAGAGGCUCUUUGAUCCAACUCAGAUAUUCCCCUCCAGCCUCGACAUGCUCGGUCUGAGCUUUGAUUCGCCUUCACUAUUCAACUUUGACACCAAGUUCCUCGCCGACGAUCCCAGCGCGACCCUGUUACCGAGCACCUCUUUGGCUGCACCAGAACUGGCUGAGAAGCGCUUGCAAGAAAUCGACUCAUACCUCGCAAGUCCCGUUUUCUUCCUGCACAUCAUCGAGUCGGCCAUCGACGAGCCCGCACCCAUCGAGGUCUCCACGCCAACUCAUCUCGGCACCAAUCUAGCAGCCCAACAACAUCCAUGA